UCUGCCAUCUUUGAUUGCGCGACAGGCCGCGGCAGCGGGGCCUCAUCCAGCACAGCAGCGGUCGCUCGGGCACCACACGACGGGCACAGCGCGCACCGGCUUCCGCAGCAGCCGCCGCACCGAGCACCAGAGCCCUCCGCCGACCCGGGCCGGCGCACCGCGCCCUGCAGCCGAACACGUGGAGCCCGCUGAGCCGAGCAGCAGCUACCCACCCGCCGCUUAGUUAGCCGCCGGAGCCCGCUCCAGUAAUCCGCCGGCACAGCCGCACCGGGCCGGACACGGGACUGCUUCCACCCCCACAGGACGAGGGAGGCACCGGGGGGAGGCAGGAGACUGGUUCUGGGGACGAGGCCAGAGGACCAGACUCGAUGAGUUUCAAGCGAAAUGUCAGAGAAGUCAGGGCAGAGCACCAAGGCAAAGGAUGGCAAGACAAAGUAUGCAACCCUUAGCCUCUUCAACACGUACAAAGGCAAAUCUUUGGAGACACAAAAAACUGCUGUGGCUGCUAGACAUGGACUCCAGAGUUUGGGCAAAGUGGCUGUCAGCCGACGCAUGCCCCCUCCGGCCAACUUGCCCAGCCUAAAAGCAGAGAACAAGGGAAAUGACCCAAAUGUCAACAUUGUUCCAAAAGAUGGUAGUGGCUGGGCGUCCCGGGCCGAGGCCGGGGAAGAAAGACAACAGGAGACGCCGCCACCUCCGAACAAACCAGCAGUGGUUCAGCCCCCGGAGGCUCCUACUGGGGCCAGCCGCUCCUGGGCCAACAACAAACAGGCACAACUAGAUGGAGCUCCUCGAGUUAGCAGCUAUUUUCAUCAGGAGUUUCCCAGCUUGCAGGCAGCUGGAGAUGUGGAGAAAGGGGAAGGUCCGGAUGAAGAGCCUUAUGGACCAGGCCCGAGCCUCAGACCCCAAAAUGUGGGUAGUUGGCGUGAGGGUGGCGGCAGGAAUUUGAGCACUGCCUCCAACAACCCUGAGAAUGACAACAGGCCUCAGGAGGAGGGUAAUCCAGCCCUUGGUACCUCAACACCACCGGGAGAAGUUGAUGAAGCUAGCAGAAAUGCAGCCACCGAGGGCCAGAAGGAGAAGAAGGAGAGCAGGGAGAGGUUACCCCCCACCGGUCCUCCACAACCAAAGCUCAAUGGGGGGCAGCAGCCUCCUGCAGGGGUACCAACUCAUUUUGACCCUGCUUUUAGGAGCAUGAUGCCAACUUAUAUGUUUCAUGCCUAUCCCCAAAUGCCUUUUGCUCCUGGGCAAGGGAACUUCAGAUACCCUGUAUCUCAAGAUGGGACAAAGCUGCUCAGGAAUACUCGUUCGGGACGACCCCAGCAGCCCCCGCCUCAGGCUUGGCUUCUAGACCCAGACCGACCCUCCAUUAUCAGUGCAACUGAACUCAAGGAAUUGGACAUUUUGGAUACUGAUGGUGAUGAGGGCUGGGCAGGAGCUCAGAUGGAGGUGGACUAUACGGAGAAACUUAACUUCAGUGAUGAUGAGGAGAACCAUGGUAAAGAAAAAGGAGAAAACUGGGAAUGGAUGAGUAAAGUGGACCGCAUGAGAGCUCGUACAUCAGAUAAUCAAGAGGGCAGGAAAGAGGGACCUGAGGGGGCCAGUAAAACCUCAUGGGCAGACAGUGCGGAUCCCAGAGCACCAUCACCUGGUAGUAUGGGGCAAUACAACAAAUCUGCUCAACAGGACUACCAGACUGGCAGUCGUCCUGUUGGCAGCAAUGUGCCACGUGGAAAUAAACCACAGGCUGCAGUAGCACCUGGUACUGAUGAGGACUCUGAUGCCUGGCGACAAAAGCGGAAAAAGCCAUCAGAAGUUUCUGAAGCUGUAGAGCGUGCAAGACGGAGAAGAGAAGAGGAGGAACGGCGGAUGGAAGAGCAACGGCUUGCUGCUUGUGCUGAAAAACUUAAACGUCUCAAUGAAAAACAUCGGCAGGCAACUGAGGUCAAACCUGCCUCUGCCCAGGUCGCUAAUCACGAAGCAGGACCUGCCAAGGAAGAAGCCCCAUCAGCUCCUGCUCCUGCGUCUAGUCCUCCACCGUCAAUUCCAGUUUCACAGUCGCAGGCUCCAGUCAUCCAAGCACCUCUUCCUGAGAGGGACGACGGCGAUAGGGAAAGGGUGGAGAGAGAAGGAGAGAGAGUAGAACCAAGUGCUGAAGAUGAGCCUCAAUUGCCCCGUCAGCCCAGCCCCCCAGCUCAGAGACCUGCAGCUCCAGAGCAGCCGAGUGAAGGAGAGACCUCUCUGGCUGAGGUUGCUCCUCUGGUGGAGGAGAACCAGGCUGAUAGGACAACGCCAGUACCCACUCGUGACUAUUUUAAUGUAGAGGAAAACAGAGUAGUGGAUGAGCCCCAUCUGUCCCUGCCAAACAUGGAAACUCCUCCAGGUGGGGAGGAAGUGUCCAAUGCACCUCCACAACUGGAAGGAGAAACUGCUGCUGCCAUGCGUCCAUCUCUCAUCUCAGGCUAUUCCAAACAGUUUCAAAAGUCUUUGCCACCUCGUUUCCUCAGACAGCAGGAGCAGAUGAAGCAGCAGCAGUGGCAGCAGCAGCAGCAGCAACAGCAGCAAAGUGGAGGUUCAGUGUCUCCCUCCGUUGGGGGCAGCGUUCCCCCGGCCCAGCAGCAGCAACAUCGCUCCAUGUACCAGCCCAUGGGCCCCCACCACCAGCACCUGGCCUCCAUGGGCUUCGACCCUCGCUGGCUCAUGAUGCAGUCCUACAUGGACCCUCGCAUGAUGUCAGGCCGCCCUCCUAUGGACAUCCCUGCAAACAUUCACCCCGGGAGAAUGCCUUCAAAGCAGAUUGUGCGCAGAGAUCCAGGUGACAACUCCAGCUCUAGCUCCGAUUCAUUUGACCACUUGACACGACCAAUUCGUGACCAUGGCCUGACCUCAGACUCGCGGAUGGUAUGGGGGUCAGAUCCAUACCCACAAUCAGAGCCCUUGCCUUCUGUUACUCCUCCCAAAGGACGGGAUGAGAACAAGGAGCAACGACUGGACUGUGGCUUGGAUCUGGACCGGGGUCUUCCAGCUAUCUAUGCUCAGGACCACAGUGCUUUGGACUCUCGUAAGAAUAACUUCUUCCGGGACCCUUCAGAGUCCCUGUCGCCAUUUACACAGGGCUCGGAGGAUGUUUCAGGACCCCUCGAUCGGGUCCCUGUAAGCUCAACCUUUAAUCCGGAGGAGUCGGGCCUGGUAAGUGGGGAGGAGGUGGAAGCUCUCGGUCAAGCCAUGCUUCAGAGAAGUCUGUCACAGGGUUCCAGCCACUCCCUUAAGCUGGAUGAGCCCAGGUUUGAUGGGUUAUCCCUGGCAACGAAAUCACUUGAGCUAAAGGACACCGGAGAACUGGGCGACGAUAAGCCCCAGAAUGAACUCUACUCCCAGACUGCUGUAACUAGUAACAGGGCUACUCCUCCUGUGGACGGGUUACACAAACAAGAGAAGCUGCCUCUGCCGGCUCCCAGUAAGCAGAAAGCAGAGCUGCGUUGGGGUGGGAGAUCAGGGGUUGGACGCAGAGAAGGACCAGGAGGAGAGAGACCGGUUCGCAGGUCAGGGCCAAUAAAAAAGCCUGUCCUGAGGGACAUGAAAGAAGAGAGGGAGCAAAGAGAAGAGCGGGAGAAGCGUCACGAGAGAGGGGAGAGAGUGGAGAGAGGGGAGAAAGGGGACCGACCCAAAAAGGAUCAGUCAGCCAAAGUUACUUCCAUAGCUGCAGCUGUGACUGAAGGCUCUAGACCUCAGGGCGAGAGUAAGAGGGAAAUUACAGAGGCCGAGGAAGCACCAGCUGCUCAAAGAGCCAGAGACUCUCAGCCCUCCUCGGGGGUUCCCACCUCUUCAUCCCAGGAGGAGAAGGCAGACAAAUUGACCAGUAAUGACAAGCAUCCAGAACCAAAAUUGCCCUCUCGGAAAGAGUCCAAUCUCCCUCCCCGUGUUUACAGACGAGAGGAGAGGGAGAGAGAACGGGAUAGGGAUCGGGAUAGGGAUCGGGAUCGGGAUAGGGAUCGGGAUAGGGAGAAGGAAAUGGACAAGGACAGAGAGCGAGAGUGGCCGGCUGAAUCAAAUUUCAAAGGACGCGGUCGAGGGGAGUAUUAUUCCAGAGGACGGAGCUACAGAGGAACGUACAGUGGCCGAGCGCGGGGGAGUCGCGGCCGAAGCCGGGCGGAGUAUCCUUACAGAGAACCCAGAUUACGUUCUGACUUACCCUCCGGCGCUGCCGCCUUCCGCAACAGGGAAGAAAGUGAGACGCGCAGUGAGAGUUCAGACUUUGAAGUCAUACCAAAACGUAGACGACGCCGCGGCUCAGACACCGACUCUGAAAGUGAAGGCGGGAGGGAGUCGGCCAGUGAUACCGGCCCCUCCGACCGUGAGCCCAGCACCAAACCUAGCCGUCCACUAAGAAGAGAACUUCCCGGCGAGGCCCGCUCCGUGUCCCAUAAGCCUGGCUUUGGACCCCCACACAUGGGGGAAAAGGUCGGGUUAAGAUGUGACGAUGAAGGCCGGCCCAAGCCAGGGUUUCUUCCUAAAGGAGAGCCUUCUCGCCGAGGCAGAGGGGGGUUAUACAGUAGAAGAGGUGGCACACGGGAACGUGGAGGACCUCGCUCUGUCCCUCUCAGAAGACCCGGAGCUAGAGACUCGUCCUCUCAGUGGCCCUCUAAACCGAUGGAGACAUUCAGGCCCGAGGACGCCGAGUCCAUAAGAUAUGACAAUCCUGCCCUUGAUAGACGCCCCCCUAAAUCAGACAGUAAAAAGUUUGGAGAGGGGGCUCCUCAGAGUAGCAGAGAGAGGCCUCGUCGAUCCAGACCAGCAAGGCCCCCGAGGCAGGAUAAACCCCCUCGCUUCAGACGCUUGAAAGAGCGCGAAGCUGCAGUGUAUGCUGGGGGAGAGACUGGAACAAGUCCCUCUGUGUCUUCACCUUCUGUGCCUGCUGCAAGUGUACCUAGUUCAACAUCUGCCCCAGUUUCCAUUUCCCCGACCAUGUCCAGAGCUCCAGGAACUCCCCUAACCGCGUCUGCAGACGCGGCACCUACAUCUGACCAAGCCUCUCCUUUAGACGCAUCCUUCCAUGACACGAGUAGUCCUACUAUCACUGCAGUGGGUACCAAGUCCCCGGACCUGUCCAACCAGAACUCUUCAGAUCAAGCCAACGAAGAAUGGGAAACGGCUUCAGAGAGCAGCGAUUUCAACGAAAGGAGAGAGCGGGAGGAGAGGAAAGGGGCCCUGGAGGCUGCUAACGAAGCAGCAACGGCCUCUGCCCCGGCACCCGCCCCCCCUCAGGGCACUUUGACCCUCAAUAAAACUCCAACCGAAGGAGGGGUUACUCCACGACGGGAGGGAUCACAAGUAGCCAAAAGGAGUUUCUCGAGUCAGAGGCCUGCAGAGAGACAGAACCGUCGAGGCAACACCGGCGCCAAACCAGGCCGCAGCUACGCUGGAGGCAAGGGAGAGAGGAGAGGAGGACCCAAAACUGGUCGCAAGGGCACUGCCAUCCAGGGCUCUGAGACCUCAGCUCCAGCAGCUGGAGGAACGGGUCAGAGGUCUGCAAAAGAGCAACUUUCCCGUCGCAAAGAUGAGGCCAAACAGGCCACUAAGAAGCCCAAGGAAAACGCCCUUUCUCAGUUUGACCUCAACAAUUAUGCCAGUGUUGUGAUAAUCGACGAUCACCCCGAGGUUACCACAGAAGAUCCUCAGUCCAGUGCCAACGACGAUGGCUUUACAGAAGUUGUUUCCCGCAAGCAACAAAAACGCCUGCAGGAUGAGGAGAAACGGAAAAAGGAAGAACAGACUCCCCAGAACUGGAGUAAAAAGGGCUCUGGCGAGAAGGGCAGAGGAAGUGGAGGAAAGUUGCCACCAAGAUUUGCCAAAAAGCAAUCGUCACAGCAGCAGCAUCCUCAACAGCAGCAGCAGCAGCAGCAACAUCCUCCUCAGCAGCCGCAUCCUCCUCCACAACAACAGCAGCAGCAACAACAACAACAACAACAACAACAGCAGCCGCCACCACAACAGGCCCCACAGCCUCAGCCUCCUGUAGCCGCUGUGCCCACUUCCCAACCGCAUCCCCACCUUAAUCCCUCCCAGCCUACUGCCUCUCCUACUCUGGAAGGAGCGGUGGCUCCCCUGCCAUCCAUUCUCCCGUCUACUGCAGACUUCACCUCAAAGAGCCUUCCCCCUGGACCAACACCGACACACAGCACUCUGGGUACCGAACUAUGGGAGAACAAGGUAGCAGGCUCCACUGUCCUUCCUGAUGUCAAGAAGCUUGGUCCCAUUAGCCCUCCACAACCACCUUCUGUGAGCGCUUGGAACAAACCUCUAACCUCCUUCACUGGCACCGUCCCCUCUGAGGGUGUGAAGCCAGGAGCUGAGGGCAAUGUUGAAUUGGGAAUAGACAGUAUUCAGUUUGGAGCACCAUCAUCUGCAGGCAGUACUGAUAGUGAUGGAGGUCCCGCACUAUUAGAGACUGGACCUGAAAACAAACUACCUGCUCCCAAAGAACAGAGACAGAAACAGCCUCGAGCUGGUCCCAUCAAAACACAAAAGCUCUCUGAGGUGGAACCAGUGGAAACAAAGGAGUACAAGCCCGGCCCUAUUGGCAAAGAGCGCUCUCUGAAGAACCGCAAAGCCAAAGAUGUGCGAGGUGCAGAGGGUGAAGGAAUAGAGGCAGGAGUACCUGGAGGAGGCGUCAGCAGAGCGACGGACUCAAGUCCUCCAACCAGUGACGCCACAGUACCAGAACUGGGAGGAGACAUAGAGGGCAUGAUCACAGUCCCCUCAGCAGAGUUCACUAGUAACUCUAAGGAGUCUGUGACUGACUACACCACUCCCUCAUCCUCUCUGGCUGACAGCGUUCCAACGGGAGGGAACAAGAUGGAAGAGAGUUUAGUGGCCAAUGUGGCACUGCCCCACUCUCUGCCUCUUUCUCGCCGAGAGACCCUGCAGCAGAGCUCCAGCCUCAGCACAGUAUCUCCUGCUACUGUUGACCUAACACUAAAGAUGGAGUCUGCUCGUAAAGCUUGGGAGAACUCUCCAAGUCUAGAGAAGAACGCUCCAGUCACGUCCUCUUCUUCCCCCAUCACCUCUGGUGCACCGUCGUACUCCUUCUCCUCCGCCUCCAUGCCCCAGAUCCCCGUGGCCUCUGUAACCCCCAGCACCUCGCUACCGGCAGGUUCUGGUACCUACACCACGUCAUCCCUCAGCACCAAGACCACAUCAGCCUCGGAUCCACCAAAUAUCUGCAAGGUGAAGCCACAGCAGCUACAGGGUGGAAACCUGUCAUCCUCCGCCAGUAGCAGUAGCAACAGCAACUUCUCUCAGCUCAGCUGUGUGCCUCCCCUCCUUCCCCAGCAGCAGCAGACGCCACAGGUGUACGUCUCCCAGUCUGCAGCAGCAUUACACAAAAUGUUUUUAGGUUCUGCAGCUCAGAUUCCAGCGUUCUACAUGGACACGAGCCACCUCUUCAGCGCCCCACACCCUCGACUGGCUCCUCCUUCCCUGGCACAGCAGCAAGGCUUCCAACCCGGCCUCUCACAGCCAACAGCAGUGCAACAGAUUCCCAUUCCCAUCUACGCUCCACUGCAAGGUCAGCCUCAGCAUCAACACACACACCAGGCUCAGCUAGGACUUGGUACUGGUCCACCGGUCUCUCAACCACAGGACCUGUUCAGCUCCUCACUUCAGCCUUAUAGGUCUCAGCAGGCUUUCAUGCAGAGCAGCUUGUCCCAGCCUUCAAUGAUGCUGUCAGGCCCGUCCCUGCACAGCUACGCUGGCGUGCAAGCCCAGGAUUUGGGCAAGCCUCAGUCCAGUCUGGCCUAUCAGCAGCAAUCCUCCACUCAACACAUUCCCAUCCUGUUUGAGCCGCAGCUCAACCAGCCGUCAGGCAUGGGAGGCUCUCAGAUCAUUGACACGCACCUGCUGCAGGCUCGACAGGGGAUGAAUCAGCAUUCAAACAUGUACUCAGGGCAGGUACAGCAACACGGUCAGAGUAGCUACUACAGCAACACUCAGUCGCCCAGUUCUGCGAUGCAACAGGUCACCGUCCCUCUACCUGGUGGCCAGUUGUCUCUAUCAAACUUUGGCUCAGGUGGCGGUCAGCCCCUUCUGGCUCUACCUCCCACUCCCCCCCAAGCCCAGCCCCCCAGCAUCAACCGACAACCUCCAGUUUCGCAGCCGUACCGAAACAUCAUGGGCCCUAAUCACAAUAUGAUGCAGCCCCCGACCAGUAAGAUGGACAUGGAUCUGAAACUCUUUGGCGGUGGGAUGGAUGUGAAACCUGGUACCCCCCCUGUCGGUGCCAGGAGUACGACACCCACCUCCGGCCCUUACAGGGCCAGUUCCACCUCUCCCAGCAGCCAGUCCAGUAAGAUGAACAGCAUGCUCUACCAGAAGCAGUUCCAGCAGAGCUCUGCUGGAAUCAGAAUGGCGCAGCAUUUCCCCGGCCAGUUCAACCCGCAGAUUCUGUCUCAGCCCAACAUCGUCUCUCCCCUGGUUCGUCCUCCUCAUGCCAAUUCCUUUGCUCCUGGCAUCCAGCGUUCUGCCAUGGGUCCUCCGAUGUCACCCAAUGUUGGCGGUGGUCUGAUGCCUCACCCCCGGCCUCAGCAUCCCCAGCACAGUCAGCACCCUCCCCGAGGGCCGCCCGGCCCCUCUCUCACACCCAGAGGAACCCAGGCAAUGAAGGCCGAGCAGGACUUAAAAGCGAAGCAGCGAGCCGAGGUGCUCCAGUCCACCCACAAGUUCUUCUCAGAGCAGCAGCAGCAACAGCAGCAGAUGAAGGCUCCUCAAGUCAAUAAAAGCUCUCGGCUGGAUCAAGGAGGAAAACCCUCGCUUGACCCAUCGGCCCCAAACUACCAGGGAGGAGGAGACCGGUCAGAUACUGACAAGCCCCCUGUAUCCGCGGCCAAGCCCAUUCGGACUGGCCCCAUAAAGCCACAGGCCAUCAAACCAGAAGAGGGCAAGUAAAGCGCCUGUGUCCCUCAAAAUGAAUGGCUAGAAAAAGGAAGAGAGAACCUACCCUCAUUCACUCAGCCGCAACCUCAUAUCACCCCUGGAGGACAGUGUGGGGGAGGAGGAUGGAUUGGGUAGAGAUCCAGAUGGAAGUGGCUACGGACAGUAGGCACGGUUGUUUAAAGCGUAAUUCUCUUCCUUUUUUUUCUUCCCCUGACCUGUUUCACUGCAGGUGGGGUUAUUCAAGUUGGAUCUUUUCAUCAUACGUAGAUGCUGAUAAAAUUGCCACACAAGUUGCUGCAUAGAAAUCUUGACCGAGGAGGGUUGGAGAGAAAAUCUUUGCUGCUGAGUUUGCCUUUUUUUUCUUUUUUUUUUUUUUUUAAAGAAAUUGCUCAUUACAGUUCAUUUUUAAAGUUUUCUCGCCAUAUGGCGUUACACAUUAUAGGAGUAUUUUGUUUUUGUUAACUAAACAAUAAAUCAUAUUUGUUUUUCUAAGGAGAUGCAAUUUAGUGAAGCACAGUUUCUUUUUUUCUUUUUUUUUUUUUUCUUUUUUUGUCUCCCUUCAUAACUAAUCCAGAGAUUUGUGCACCUUGACACGCUCAACGGUUAAUCCAUGUACUGCGCGGAGACGUGAAAUCAGAAAUCCUGUAAUUUUCUUCUUGUUUUACCAGAAUGGAAAUGUGAAAAUUGCAGCAUUUGAUUGACUUUAAAGGUUGAUUUAUUGAUUUUUGUCUGCCUGUGAGCCUGUGCUCAUGCCUUCUGCUCUCAUCUCCUUGCCUGAGAAUUACAAGUGUGUUGGGGUGUGUGUGUGUCAGAUGUGUGUUCAAUGACACAAGUGGUGGGGGAGCAGCUUUUAGCUUAACCCUCCUGUAUAUUUAGCCAAAGGUUAAAGCAGCACAGAUGACAUCACAGCCUCCUAGGAUUGCUGUUGCCAUGGCAGCAGAGUUUUGAGUUGACUUUAAGGAUUGCAUGGAUGAUGUAGGAUCACUACUUGUAGUUGCUCCAGUACGGGAGCCACUACCAAACACCCUUGUUUCACACAGCUUUCACACUUAUUCUGUCUCACCGAUACACGUAUAAACACACGUUACUGUAUGAAGCAUCCAGACCCCGCUGCUAUUGACUGAUUUCAGUGCCCUUAGCGUUUAGCAGGAUAGGGCUCUUUAGAGGAAAAUAUGCAGUGAAUUGAUUGUUGAAACAUUAGAACACGUGGAGUGUGUACGUCAACCUUCACAGCGAGUGAACUGGACAGCGAACCAAGAAAAAACUAAAGGAGAAGUCCGAAGUACUGAAGCGUUUGGGGGAGAGGACGUUUGCGGUUUUGUUUUACUGAUAAAAGCAAUCAAUGCUGUUUUCUGUCACUGCCUCACCUCCGUUGGCCGUUCUACCCACAGUGCUCUCAUCUUGGGUUUGUGAUGAGGAUCCUUCAGAAAUGUACAGUAGCAUGCACCCUGAGGUGGUGAGGGCUUUACCUCACAUCUGUCCUAGCUGGGAGGAAGAGUCCUUCAUGAGGAGGAUGAAGGAGGGAGGGAGGGUAAUGACCUGUUUUUGUUUUGUUUUUUUUUUUGUUUCUUUUGUUGUACUUGUACAGGGGUUUCAUCGCUGUAUUAAAAUAUGUACGGUCUUAUUUACAUUCUUGGUUUGGUUACAGAAACUAAUAAAAAAAAAUAAUAUA